UCCGACCUUCCUGCACAGCUCGCCCGUCACUCAUUCCUCAUCUCCAAUCCUCCCUUUUCUCUGUCUGUUUUCUUCCACAAACAAUAUUCUCCCAUAAUCUACUCAAGUUGACGUCCAUUUCAAGAUGUCACGGAGAUACGAUUCCAGAACUACCAUCUUCUCCCCCGAAGGUCGACUCUACCAGGUUGAAUAUGCGUUAGAAGCCAUCUCGCAUGCCGGUACCGCCCUAGGAAUUUUGGCCAAAGAUGGAAUCGUCCUCGCAGCGGAGAAGAAGGUCACCAGCAAGCUACUGGAGCAGGACACAUCUGCGGAGAAGCUAUACACGCUGAACGACAACAUGAUCUGUGCUGUUGCUGGUAUGACGGCAGACGCAAACAUCCUUAUCAACUAUGCCCGACAAGCUGCCCAGCGGUAUCUUCUCACCUACAACGAAGAAAUUCCUUGCGAGCAACUUGUCCGUCGUCUGUGCGACUUGAAGCAAGGAUACACCCAGCACGGUGGUCUCCGUCCCUUCGGUGUUUCGUUCAUCUAUGCCGGCUACGACCCUCUCCGGGAGUUCCAACUGUACCAGAGCAACCCCAGCGGUAACUACGGUGGCUGGAAAGCAACUAGCGUGGGAGCAAACAAUGCUAGUGCUCAGAGUCUGCUGAAGCAAGAUUACAAGGAGGACUGCGACCUGAAGGAAGCUUGCGCUAUGGCCGUUAAGGUUCUUAGCAAGACGAUGGACUCGACCAAGCUGAGCAGUGAGAAGAUCGAAUUUGCUACGGUGGGGAGGACGCCGGAAGGCAAGAUCUACCACCACCUGUGGAAUGCUGAUGAGAUCAAUGCCCUUCUGAAAGAACACGGGCUGGCCAAGGUUGAUGACGAGCCCGAGGCUGGCGAGAUUAAAUAAAUGAGAAGACGACCCGAUUUUGCUACUUGACCAGAUAAUCCCACAUGUUUCCUGUG